AUGAUCAUCGGCAGCCGCAGGCUGCAAGGCGGCUUUGGCUUGUUUUUUUGGGGGUUUACUUGGCUGCAGCCUUUUGCUGAUCGCUGCUUUGGCCAGUUGGCAGUCCUUGUGCCACUACACAGAGAGGCUCGCACAUCAGCUUUGCGGCAAGACCAACAUCGCAAAAGAGGCAGAACUGGAACCUUCGGAAUGUUGGUACAUUUGUCAUAUUCUCCUGGCCUGUAUGACAACAGUGCUGCCAGCAUUCCGACGGCGUUGCUGGCAGCCACAUCGCCGCCCCUUUCACCUCUGGCCUCCAUGGCCCAGGAGCAGCUUCUCAACAUUGGCCACGGCCUAACCAUCAAAACCAUGAAGGACAACGGCGGCCGGCAUGGGACUUUUUGGGGUCUCAAGCGGCUCAAGAAAUUCUUUCGGAGGCCUUUGAGUCCAAGCCUAGUGCCCUUUGGCUCAGAGGUUCCCGAUAUAUCAAUCCAAAUUGAAAAUGGAGCAGCCGGCGAGGCUGACCUUGAAGCGGGAGCCUGUGAAACUUUCACCCUCCCCCCGGCUACAAGUCUGAGCUGGAGCCAGCAAAAGAGCGGAGUCUCUCCUGCCCAGACAGCUGCCAGAAGGAGGAUGUCAAGGCAGCACAUUUGCUCACGACGGAAGAGCCGUGAGCCCGUCGUGGUCGCGGCGCUCGAAACCUGGAUGCCGCCCGCAUGGUAUGUUUCACCAUGA